AUGCCAACGCAAGGCCAUGCCGGUGUAUCUAAACAGAAGACGAAGCGAAGAACGUCUGAAAAUGGGAGAAGAAAGCUAUCAUCAGAGCGUGUGAAGCAGAAUUUACAUUCAUCCGGCUCAAAGCCAAAGAAAGCGAAAAAGAAAGCAACAAAAACGAAGCGCUCUGAGAAACAGAUAGAGCAGUCUGAGACUACUCAACCAAGUGGGCCUCCGCCGCAAACUGCCGCCAAAGAUAAAGAUACGCGACUUACGAUUGAUCAAAUGUUGGCCAUCUACCCAUUUGAUCAGGUCAAAUCAACAGUCUUCAACAUCGACCAUGAGAAAUUCCGCGCGAACAGUGUUAAGCUGCGAGAAAAACACAUCGAGGAAGAAUGGAAUGUAAAUAUCUGUAAAGAGCAGUUGAAAUGGUUGGACAAAUUCGUACCGCACCGAAGGCCUAUUGACCCCAAUGAGUCUGAAGACCUUCAUCCAGACACUCUCUGGAGGAUCAUUUGCCUUAAGUAUGAACUUCGUGAUCGAGAAGUGCUUGAGUAUGGAGAGGAGACCAUGAAAAAUGUGAACGCAGUUCUAGCUUCUUACCGUAGCAAAAAGCUGGAGUUUGAUCGCAAUAGGGUUACAGUUUGGUUUGAUGGCAAGAUGAUCAAGAAUAUUAGCUUGAAAGAGUGGGCGGAGAAUGAAGCCGAAAUCAAUGCGGAGAUGAUACAAAAGCGAAUCGAAAAUGGAGGAGGCUUACCUUGGGUGGAGAAUAUUGAUGAUGUGUUGUGGGACACUGGUUCAGACGAGACUGAACUUUUCCGCGACGACAAACUAGCAUUAGGGAAUAAGAAGGGCGCGAUUUAG